AUGAAUCACAGCACGAACUGGAGCUCGUCGGACGUCGGCGGGCUCUGCUGGGUGUCGGAUCCGGCGCAGGCCUACAUCGAGGCCAAGGUCACGUCCGUCGGCGGCGGCCGCGUGACGGCGGCCGCGUGCCCCUCACGUCGAACAACGGCGCGUCGGCCCGCGUCCCUUGGACUAGAAAACGCGCGUCACCCGAAGCUUGUAGGCGUCGACAACAUGGACAACCUGAGCACGCUGCACGAGGCCGCGAUCCUCGACAACAUCCAGCACCGGUUCCGCAUGGACCUCAUCUACACGAACACGGGCCCCAUCCUCAUCGCCAUGAACCCCUUCAAGUGGCUGCCCAUCUACGGCGACGACGUCAUCGGCCGCUACCACGGGAGGCCCUACGGCGCGUUGCCGCCGCACUGCUACCAGGAGGCCGAGGACGCGUUCACGAGCCUCCAGCGGACGCGCAAGAACCAGGCCAUCGUCAUCUGCGGCGAGUCGGGCGCGGGCAAGACGGAGACGACGAAGUUGAUGUUGCACUACCUCUCCGUGGCGUCGAAGCGCACGUCCGCGCGCCGCGAGUCCGGCGCGGAGCCGGGCGCCGGCGGCCCGACGAUCGCCGAGCGCAUGGUCGCGUCGAACCCGCUCCUCGAGGCCUUCGGCAACGCGAAGACGCUGCGCAACGACAACUCGAGCCGCUUCGGCAAGUUCACGCGCUUCGACUUCGCGAUGAAUAGCGCGGUCAUCAACGGCGGCCACAUCGAGAAUUUACUCUUGGAGAAGGUCCGCGUCGUCGAGCAGGCGCCGGGCGAGCGCAACUACCACGUCUUCUACCAGCUCUGCCGCGGCGCGGCCAAGGGGUUGUUGGAGGGCGCCGCGGGCAUGGGCCUCGCGGGCGCGGCCCUCGAGCCGGCGAGCCACGGCUACUCGAGCGGCUGCGCGGACGUGGCCCACCUCGACGACGCGGAGGAGUUCCAGGCGACCGUGGCCGCGCUCGACGCGCUCGGCGUCCGGGCCGACGAGCGCGAGCGCAUCUUCCGCGUCGCCGCGGCGGUGGCCUGGCUCGGCGACGUGACCUUCGUCGAGGCCGCGGACGACGGGUCCGCCGUGGCGCCGGGCGACGAAGCUUUAGCCCAGGCCGCCAAACUCCUCGGCGUCGACGCGGCGAAGCUCGCCGCGGCCCUCGUCGUGCGCGUGCGCGAGAUCCACGGCGGCGAGACCGUGACGUCGCUCAACGACGUCGCCGCGGCCACGGGCCUGCGCAACGCGCUCGCCAAGGCGACGUUCAGCCGCCUCUUCGACUGGCUCGUCAGUCGCGCGAACGCGGCGUUCGACGUCUCCGGCGGCAAGGAGACGCAGUUCAUCGGCGUGCUCGACAUCUUCGGCUUCGAGGACAUGCACAGCAACGGCUUCGAGCAGGUCUUCAUCAACACGACGAACGAGAUGCUCCAGAAGGUCUUCAACGACAUCAUCUUCAAGUCCGAGGAGGACGAGUACACGCGCGAGCAGAUCGACUGGGACAAGACCGUCUUCCCGGACAACACGCCCUGCAUCGAGCUCCUGUCGAAGCGGCCCAACGGCAUCCUCCGGCUCCUCGACGGCGAGUGCCUCCGCGGCAACGCGGCGUCCGACGGCGCCAAGUUCGCGGCCAAGGUCAACAAGGCCCACGGCGGGUCGCCCUUCUUCGAGGUCUGCGGGCCGGCGUCCGUGUGGCGCCGCAACGACGGCACGCGCACGUCCGAGGAGGACUUCCUCGUGCACCACUUCGCGGGGCCCAUCGUCUACACGGUGUCGAACUUUGUGGACAAGAACCGCGACGCACUGUUCGGCCACGUCUACGACGUCCUCGCCGGCUCGUCGGCGCCCGUCGUCGCCGCGUGCUUCCCGCCGCGGCCCGCGGCGGAGGCCGCGGCGAAGAUGACCGUCGCGAACAAGUACCUGGGCCAGCUCAACGCGCUCGUCAACGUGCUCCGCGAGUCGUCGUCCCGCUUCGUGCGGUGCAUCAAGACCAACGAGGACAAGCUCCCGGCGAAGCUCGACAAGCCGUCGGUGCUGCGCCAGCUCGUGUGCUCGGGCGUCAUGGCGGCGCUCGAGGUGCGCCGCGCGGGCUUCCCGACGCGCGUGCUCUACCGCGAGUUCGUCCGCGACUUCCGCGCGUUCACGCCGCGCGGCGCGGCGCUCGUGGACCCCAAGGCCCUCGCCGCGGCGAUGAUGAAGCACCCCCACGUCGCCGAGGCCGUGCCGGCGUCGGCCUACCGGUUGGGCGUGUCCAAGCUCUUCAUGCAGUCGGAGGUGCUCUACAAGCUGCAGUCGAUCAAGAACGCGAUGCUCUACCCCUUCGUGCGCCGGCUCCAGCGC